AAGAAAAGAGAGAGAGAGAGGCUCAAUCAAAAGCACCAACCAAAGUUACACCAACUUCUUCUCACAUCAUCACAAACAAAAACCAAAGAGAGACACAUCAAGAAAGAAACAGAGCAACCAUGGAAGAGAGAGAGAAGAAAAGCAAGAAGAGUAAAAAGAAUAAAGACACCAAAUCCUCGCCGGACAUCUCCUUCAAACCUUCCUCCGACGUCAAAGGCCUCAAGUUCGGCGGCCAGAUUAUCGUCAAAUCAUUCACUAUCCGUCGAGCAAGAACACUCGAGCUCCUAAGACUCCUCUCCCUCCCUUCUCCAUCAUCUCCGCCGCUUCUCUCCACGGCGGCGUAUAUACCGACGAACUUCACGAUCUUAGCUCACCAAGCAUGGCACACACUAACCCUCGGACUAGGGACAAGAAAAUCCAAAGUAGUGGUCUUCGUGUUCGAGUCCGAGGCGAUGAGGACGGCGGUGGCGGCGGCGGCCGGAGGAAUCUGGCCGUCGGAGAUUCCGCUCGGUGACGUGAACAAGAAGAUGAUCAGAAAGUUAAAGAACUGGGAGAUGGCGAGAUUCAAGUUCAGGAAAGGGUGCUUAACGUUUUACGUCUACGCCGUGAGAAACGCCGGAAACGAAGGUUUUGCGGCGGCGGAGGACCUAAAGGUAAUUUUACAAGCGGUGGUGGCUUUGAAAGACUUCAUGGAUCACACGGCGAUGCUAGUAAUGCCCCACCAGAAAGCUAUUAAUUACAGUUCUUGUCCUCCUUUUGCCAUGGCUCACUAGUAUAAUUGAACUGUCCCUCUUCUUUUUCAUUAUUUUUGACUUCUUUUUUUUAAUAUACAAAAGUUAGUUUUUAUUAUUAUUUAUUUUUGGUUCCCUGAUGAAUUGAAAACAGGGAUUGUUAUUAAUAUGAGUUUUUUUGGUGGAAGAUUGGUUUGAAUAAGAUCAAAAUUGUUUUGUGUUGGAUU